AUGGAUAAAACUGCCUAUAUUCAAGAGGCUGAACGACAACUUAGCGAUGCAAGGUUCUACCAAAAACUAGACUCUGAUCCUACUACAUCUUUUAGCAGAGAUAUUACUAAUAGUUUGGUAGAAAUGCAUGCCGAUGGUUUCAUCGAUGACAAAACUCUUGAAUAUUUGAAACCAGAAAACCCAAAACCGGGCAGAUUUUAUCUAUUACCUAAAAUUCAUAAGGCCAAUAACCCAGGAAGACCUAUAGUUUCAGCGAACGGUCAUCCGACGGAAAAAAUAUCGGAAUUUGUUGACUUCCAUCUUCGUCAACAUGUUGAAGACUUACCAUCUCACAUCAAAGAUACAACCGAUUAUCUUAGAAAAAUGCAGGCCUUAAACCCACUCCCCUCCGACACGACUCUUGUUUCCAUGGAUGUUACCUCCCUCUACACUAAUAUUCCACAUGCAGAUGGCAUCGAUGCAUGCAAAGAAGUUUGGAAUUCCAGACCAGUGAAAUAUCCACCUACUGAAUGCCUGGUCAAAAUGCUCACGCUGGUACUUAAGAAAAACAACUUCACUUUUGAUGGAGAUCAUUAUUUGCAAGUAAAUGGAACUGCCAUGGGCACCAAAAUGGCUCCGUCAUAUGCCAACAUAUUUAUGGGCAAAUUAGAGAAACAACUCCUUGAAACUUCCAUCGAAAAACCGCUUUCCUGGUUUAGAUUUAUAGAUGAUGUGGAUAUGAAAUGGAAUAAAAGCGACGAGGAUUUAGACACUUUUAUCACUCAUGCCAACAACAUACAUCCAAGUAUCAAAUUUACUCAUGAGAAGUCUAAAUCCAAAAUCGCCUUCCUCGAUACUUCAAGUUCGCUCACAGAGGGCAUCAUAUCUACAGAUUUAUAUUCUAAGCCUACUGACACUCAUCAAUAUUUGUCCCCUAAAAGUUGCCAUCCUGCUCAUCUUACCAAGAGCAUUCCAUACAGUCAGGCACUUAGAGUCAAGCGAAUAUGCUCCAACACAGAAACAACUAAAAGACAACUGCGUAAACUUGAAACUCGCUUGAAGAAAAGGGGCUACAAACACAGAAAUAUCAAAAAAAGCUUUCAGAAAGCGGAGUCAAUUCCGAGGAGUGAACUAUUGGAAUACAAAGUUAAAAAGAAAAGCAAAAGGACUCCAUGUGUUCUAACUUAUCACCCAUCUCUCAAAAACAGCUUUGGUGUCAUUCGUGAGCAUUGGAAAUCAGUUGAAAAGAAUUCCAAACUGUCCAAGAUUUUCCCUGAGCCUCCAAUGAUAGCUUUUAGGCAACCUAGUAGUCUACGGAACCUACUAGUGCGGGCUGAAGUGUCUGAUAAUAGAAGUACUCCUGGAGAAUGUCGUUCGUGUGGAGAAAAACGCUGCAAAUGCUGUUUACAGAUGCAGCAUUCGUCAACAUUUCACAGUAAGGCAACCGAAAAUAACUAUAAGAUAUUUUGCAAUGUUACCUGCAAAAGUAUGAAUGUUAUUUACAUACUAGAAUGUUCGGUUUGUGGCCUCCAAUAUGUUGGUGAAUCAAAGCAGCCUUUCCACAAACGCCUCAAUGGCCAUAGGAGUGAUAUAUCUAAGAAGCCACUUCUUCCAGUCUCUCAGCACUUCAGACAGUCAGAUCACAAACUUGAUGACUUUAACCGCAUGAAAAUUCUAGUGAUUGAACAGAACAUUCACUGGAGUGAUGCACAGCGACAGGUUCGGGAAAGCUUUUGGAUAAAGGAACUUAAUGUACAUCACCCAAACGGCAUCAAUAAGAAAUACUAA